AUGAAGCGCAAUCCAACGCAGCGAUUGCUAGAGAAAUACUCGCAACAGAUCAAGAAUCUGACUGCAGAAGAGCACAGACUAGAAGAAAACGUGAUGUCACGCAUAUCCGAAGAAAAGGCGCGUCUUCCUCUCACUUUCCUCUUCGAACGCAACCUCAUGCGUCGAUCCGACGCGCAACAAGAUGGUCUCCGUAUCGUUACUGCGAUUUUUGCCAAACUGCAGCACCGAAUUCUCUACAACAGCUUCAUCCGCUGGAAAGAUUUCCUAGAAUGUAUUCAACACGAAGAAAGAAAACGCGAAGCUCUCUGCGAGGCCCAACAGCGUGCUGUGGCUCUUUUCGAACGAGUCUCCAGCGACGCGCACAUCGGGACACUCGCAACUGGCUUCGCACAUUGGAAAAUGGCUACACACAACAUGAUCGAACAGGAGCGGAAUCUCGCCGCCUCUGUCAUUCAGAACGCAGUGCGAGCGCGUCGAUCACGACAACACUUGGAGUCUCUUCGUCUAGCAGCUCAAGCGCAGGAUUAUCGUCGAAAUCAAUCCAUACAGGCUCUGCUUCGCUUCGAACGUUACGGUACGAUGAUGAAGUGGAGCACCCUGCGAAUUGGCGGCGACUUUGCAAAGCAGACGCGAGCUGCACAGACUCUACAGCUGUUCCUGCGUAGAUUGGCUGUGCGGAGACGUAUUGCUCGUAGGGUAAUGCGUCGACAAGGAGCAGUUCGCAUCCAAACGCAGUGGAGAGCGCAUCUAGCUCGAGUGGAAGCUGAGCGUCGUCGAGUGGAACGAGCCAUUCGCGUAGCAAUUGAGUGUAAGGCUGCCAUGCAUAUACAACGAUGGUUCCUGGCCCUGUUGAGUGUGAAGUUUCGACAACGGAAGAGAAAGAUUGACGACGAUCGAGCUCGUGCUGCUGCGGAGGAAGUAGCGCGACGUCACUGGCGGUCCGUAAUUGCAGUCCAGUGUGUGGUACGAAGUCUGUUCGCACGGAAAGUCUACGCUCGGAGGUUGAAAGCGCGUCAGAAGCAACAAGCCGCAGUGUUUCUACAGCGAUUUUGGCGUCGACGACGUGGGCUGUAUGCACUCGGUCUUCGCUUUGUCGAGCGACGCGAACGAAUCGCUCAGAGUCGCUUGCAGUCGGCCAUUGUCAUCCAGUGUGCAUUCCGUUGUUAUUGGGCAAGACACAAGCGCGUUCUCCUUGCUGAGGAGAAGCAGAAGCGACGAAGAGCGUCGACCGUGAUCCAACGUCAUGUACGUGGAAGAAGAGCUCGAAAUGACUACCGACAGGCUCGAAACGCGGCGUUAGUUAUCCAAUGCAGUACUCGCUGCGCGCUUGCACGCCGUCGACGCUCUCGACGACAAACAGCAGUCCACAAACUUCAAAGCUGGAUCACAGGAGUGUACUCUUGUCGAGCUGCUCGUCAAGUUCUGAAUGGGUUGCGAGUCGAAGCACAGCGACGAGAAGCGUCGAUUAUCUUCAUCCAGAAACUUGUACGUCAGCGUGAAGCGCAACAGACUGCUCGCUUGUUCCGAGAAGCUCUGAGCAUUGUGAAGAUCGAGCAACAGCGAUAUUUCGGUAGCGACAGCGACGCAGGUAUAGGCUGGACAACGCACCAGGCGUCGUCCGUGCUGCUAACAUACGUGACGCAACGCUUUCUCGAGGACGAUUCUUGCUUUACGACGAAAGAAUUACGCUGGUUACGCGCUCAAGUUCAAGCUGGCUAUGAGCGGUUGGCUCGGGAAGACCGCGCUGCUGUGUAUCUGCAGCGUCGAUAUCGAGGUUACGUGGCUCGAAUGGGGUACUGGGUGUAUCGACUACAGAUGGAGGAGCUACGUCGUCUCAAGGAGAAGAAAGCGGUCGUGAUUCAGAGUGCAGCAAAAAGAUGGCUGGCUAAACGAUACGUACGUCGUCUACGUGAGCAACGGAGAUUAGCAGAACUCAAGGAAGAAUAUAUUAGAGAACGCAGGCGAAAGGAGGAGGAACGACUGUGGAAAGAACGAUACGAUCGGGAGCAGAUGGAGCUGUGUGUACAGCGAGCACAAGAAGCUGCGAACCAGGUACGAGAAGCACGUAGAGAAGCAGAUUUGGCUCGAGUCAAGGCCGAAGCAGCCGAAUAUCGUGCGAAGGAACUAGCUGCAGAACGUGAGAUCGAAGCGCUACUGAAGACACCGGUUAAACAAGAGAAUGACGACAAGAAAUAUGAAAGUCAUGACAAAGAAGAAGAGAAAGAUCCGUGGAUCUCUCUUACCGACGACUAUGGGAACGUCUACUACUACAACGAGAGAACAGAAGAAAGCAGUUGGGAUCCACCCCCGCCGCGCAUAAAGAGACCAAAUACGUCACCUGAGGAAGAGGAGAAGAAGGAUACGUCUGUAGAAGACCAUGAGGGCUCCAAAGUCGAAGAAGUCGAUCCACUUGAGGAGGUUUUACGUGAAGGAAAGUGCGUUAAAUGCCAGCAAGUCCAGUCAACCAAGAGAUGUCUGGACUGUGAAGACACGAAUCGAGCAUUCUAUUGCACCGCAUGUUUCAAACAGCACACUGCCAGUGGUUCCAGUGAAGAAAACUCGGCUUUAAACGAGGUGAAGCACGACUUUGAGGUUGUUCCAAUGGCUGCGAUAAGACCUGCUCGUUGUGCGUCUGGAGUGGAUUGUACACUGGACGAAGACAACCCUCCUACGACCUCUAACAACCAAGAAGGAGAGAAGAAUCUAGCUGCCUACUACUGCUACGAAUGUCCUACUACGACAACAAGUGGCUGCUUCUACUGCGAGGCUUGUUUCGCUCGUGAUCACGCGACAGCCAUGAAGCUUCGACAUGUGGACAUCGCGCUGCGGUUCCGUCGAGGAGCUCUGUUAUGCUGCGAUUGUGGACACUCUCUAGCCGUCCGCCAGUGUGAGUCUUGCGGAGGAGAAAAGUUUUGUGAGGCGUGUUUUACCUCGUCACACACCGGGAGUCAACGUCGAAUAAUGACACACACUUGGACAGCGUUGGAUGUGCUCCGAGAUCUAUUGGAGAAGGAGACGGACACGUAUUGUGUGGAGUGCGACGUCCGUGCCAGUUGUCGACUCUGUAAUCUCUGUGGGGACGGCUUCUGUGACGGGUGUUUUAACAAAACUCACGCUAAAGGAGCUAAGCGUCGACAUACGUGGCUUCCUUGGUCAGUUGCCGCUCAACACGGCGACUGGAUCGAGAUCAAGGACGAGAAAACUACCGUGUUCUACAAUGUUGAGACCAAGUUGUCCACAACCGAGAAGCCGAAAGUGCUGCUCUCCGGAGAAGAGCGACAUCGACUAGCUCUCGCUGAACGGGAGCAGCUGCAACCAAGUUCGUGA